CUCAUGCACAUCUCGGAAGUUGUUUUUGUCACCGUCCGUCAUAAGGGCAGACAUUUUGCAAGUUUUUUUUUGUUUUUUUGGAAAACCUUAAAUAAUUCGUGUCCUCUGCAAUAAUUUGUCUGUGUUUGUACACUAAUAUUUCACCACAAUCAUGUGGUAUGAGAUAUUGCCCGGCUUUGCUGUUAUGACAGUUUGUCUGAUGAUUCCUGGCAUCGCAACUGCUCAAAUCCAGAAGUUCACAAACGGUGGAAAGGAAAAGAGGAUCGUACGGGUUCCCUAUCACUGGUAUUUGAUGGAGAGAGACAGGAGAGUGGCUGGAACUGGUGCACACUACCAUGCAAAGGGACUUGAAAACAUCAAAUGAAGAGUCACCAAGAAACAAUUGAAAUGUACAUUUUGUUCAGCCAUCUAUUAAAAUGUUAUGUUAAAAU